CAAUGAUCAGUGUCACUCGGUGCAGAGUAACUGCAGCCCCAGUGACUGUGAGAUGAGGCCCAGCAGGGUCGGCCAGUCACCCACUGAGAGGGGCCGUCAUGGGCCUGAGCCAGGUGGGGAGUAUCCCCAUGGGUGGGAGCAGGGCCCGGGAAGUGACAGGCCCCCAGGAAGGAUGCGCUGUCUGUGUCUGAUGGGGGGAGAGGUUAGGGGAUAUCAUAAUACUGCACGACUUGAAUUAGCUGUAACUCAACAGCUCCCGGGGGCGGGAGGGGAAGGAGGCUGCAGGUCCACGGCCCUUUGCAGGGUCCAGGCCACAUGCACAAAGCCUCGGGCAGGUGCCCACAGGGGCUCCUGAGGGGGCUGGGGCCUGUCAGGGCUGUACCCCAGUUGUCUGAGUGCCCUGUGACUGCAGCGCUCCCAGGGGCGGGGUGGGGGUGGUCUGGGGGAUGGGUGGGUGUCCAAAGCCCAUUGACAGAUCGGCCCAGGGGUGCUGGAGGGUUGUGCUGGGGGCUUGGGUCAGCCGGGGCAGAGGUAGGAUGUGGACGUUACAGCGCUCAAGCAGCUGCCUCUUCAGACACAGACACUGGGCAUGGCCCCUCCCCCACCACACAGGGGAAAGUGAAGAAUAAGAGAGAGAUGAUUGCAGGUGAAUUUAAGAAACUGCACACACUGCUGAGAGAGGAGGAGCAGCUGCUUCUGCAGAGCCUGGAGCAGGAGGAGAGGAAGACUCUGCAGAGACUACAGGAAAAUGUCACCAAACUCUCCCGGCAAAGUUCCUCUCUGCAGAAGCUGAUCACAGAGAUAGAGAAGAAAUGUCAGCAACCGGUUGCAGAGCUGCUGAAGGAUGUGAAAAGCACAUUGAGCAGGAGUAAGAAUGUGAAACUCCAGGAACCAGAAGUUGUUUCUACUGACCUGAAGAACAUGUAUAAAAUUUCCCUUGACAUGAGGGAAGCACUGAAGAGAUUCGGAGUGGACGUGACUCUGGAUCCAGACACGGCUCAUCCCAAACUCGUCCUGUCUGAGGAUCUGAAACGCGUGAGACACGGAGACACACGCCAGGAUCUGCCCAACAAGCCUGAGAGAUUUGAUCCUUGUGUCUGUGUCCUGGGCGCUGAGGGGUUCGCGGGCGGGAGGCGUUACUGGGAGGUGGGGGUGGGAGACAAGACUGAGUGGGACCUGGGGGUUUGUAGGGAAUCUGUGAGCAGGAAGGGGAAGGUCACAGCAUCACCUGAGGAUGGAUUCUGGGCCGUGCGGCUGAGGGAUGGGGGAUACGAGGCCCUCACCUCCCCCCGGACCCCCCUCCCCGUGAGCGUCCGUCCCGGCCAGGUGGGGAUUUUCCUGGACUAUGGGGCGGGCGAGGUCUCGUUUUACAACGUGACUGACGGGUCCCAUCUCUUCACUUUCACUGACACCUUCUCCGGGACGCUCCGCCCUUAUUUCAGUCCCUGUCUCAAUGCUGGGGGUACAAACGUGGCUCCCCUGAUCAUCUGCCCGGUCCCGGCUCCGGCCGGGGGGAAUCGCUGUACCCAACAGUGACCCCGCGGCACAGACCGGCCCCCCCAGCGCUGCUGCUCCUACCACCCCCCUGUGGGGGGGGGCCGGUUACUGCAGCAACAGGAGUUUUUGUGCUGACCGGACGCUGCCAGUUUCCCUUUUCCACUGCAGGGUCCAGUCGAAAACCGGACACCUGGCAACCCCCAGCCCUCACCUUGCCCCGUCCCCUGCCCCGGGGGUAGCAGAUGGUGGGGGAUGGGGUCAUUCUCUCCUGCAAGAAUUUUCUAGCCCUGUGAAAUCUCAAUGUAAAAUAGGAAAGAAAAAAGAUGAUUCAAAUUUAGAAAAUAUUAUUGUAACAAGGUGUAAAUACAAGAAUAUUUCAAUUUACAUUUCAACAGUAUUUCAGAAACAAGCAUCUAAACAUAUUUUUAGAAAUGGAAUAAUUUACAUUUAUUUUUGAUUCUUCCCUCAAAUCUAUGUUGAAGUUUAACUUUUCUCAAUAACAUCAUUUGUAUUUCAACUGUGGAAUUUCAAGAAAUCCAAAAUAUUUUUCUUCACAAAAUAAACUAUUAAAUUGUCA